ACGUGGGACUGCAGGCUCGGGGGCUUUGGUUACAGUGUAACCGGUAUUAGCAAGGGCAACAACUUUCAUUCAAUUUUGCAACCUGCACAGAUCUCUUCACGUCUCUAACCAUGGCUCUUCAAGGACCCCUGAAAGUGUGCAUUGUAGGCUCAGGAAACUGGGGCUCUGCUGUUGCAAAAAUUAUUGGCAAUAAUGUAAAAAACCUGCAGAAGUUUGCAUCUACUGUAAAGAUGUGGGUUUUUGAAGAGAACAUUAAUGGGAGAAAGUUAACAGAGAUAAUUAACACAGAACACGAGAAUGUAAAAUACCUCCCAGGACACAAACUGCCAGAGAACGUGGUAGCUGUCCCAAACCUUACUGAUGCAGUAAAAGAUGCAGACCUUCUAGUUUUUGUCAUUCCGCACCAGUUUAUUCAUAAGAUUUGCCAGGAGAUCUCUGGGACGGUUCACAAAAAUGCAUUGGGAAUAACUCUUAUUAAGGGUAUUGACGAAGGCCCAGAGGGACUGAGGCUGAUUUCCGAUAUAAUCCGAGAGAAAAUGGGAAUCGACAUUAGUGUACUGAUGGGUGCAAACAUUGCAAAUGAAGUAGCAGCAGAGAAAUUCUGUGAGACAACAAUAGGUAGCAAAAUCCUAGCGAAUGGACUUCUGUUUAAAGAACUGUUGCAGACCCCGAAUUUCCGUAUAACUGUGGUGGAUGAUGCUGAUACGGUAGAACUUUGUGGAGCCCUCAAGAACAUAGUUGCAGUUGGUGCUGGGUUCUGUGAUGGCCUCAACUGUGGAGAUAACACCAAAGCUGCAGUUAUCCGUCUUGGACUCAUGGAGAUGAUUGCAUUUGCCAAGAUUUUCUGCAAGGGUCCUGUAUCAAGCGCUACAUUCAUGGAGAGCUGUGGUGUUGCAGAUCUAAUUACCACCUGCUAUGGAGGGCGCAAUCGAAAAGUGUCAGAGGCUUUUGUGAAAACAGGCAAGAGCAUAGAGCAACUGGAACAGGAGAUGCUGAAUGGUCAGAAGCUUCAAGGGCCACAGACCUCUGCAGAAGUUUAUCGCAUCCUGCAUCAAAAAGGCAUGGUGGAUAAGUUCCCACUUUUCACUGCUGUGUAUCGAAUUUGCUAUGAAGGGCAGCCUGUUGAAGAGGUUAUUUCCUGCCUACAAAGUCAUCCUGAACAUAUGUAGAAAAUACAUUUAAAAGAAGAAAAUUAAUUGAAAGAUGGUGUUUGACAUUCAUUUGUGGUGCAACAGAAUUAUGGGGAUUUAUUCAGACUACACUUGAUCACUAAAUCAUGUUCACAGACUUGAUAGGUCACAUCUAAUAUUGCUGUUUAUUAUGUCGUCACUUGAUGCUGACUACUUUGUUGGCAUAUUUAAUAUAGAUCAUGGAGAAUUACAAGGUUAUGUAAAUGAAUGCUUAAUACGCAGCCAUUGGAGCAAAGAAGAUAUAUCCAUUAAAGGCCUGUACAUUAUGGUAUUUUUAACAGCCAGCAAAAACAAGAAGUUUGUAUCAACUUUUAUUCUUUUAGUGCUUUUUUAUACUGUUACAGCAUAUUGAUAGUCACAUAUUGUAUACCUUCAUCUACUAACAGCCUAUUUUAUGUUAAGUGUAUUUUAAAUGUAAAACAAAAAGCUUGAAUAUAUUUUUUUUAAGUUUUAUAAUUCAUAUGUACAAUCUUAAUACAUUUAACAAAGAAUACUACUGUAUACGCUGCUAUUCUCAAGGUAUGGAAAUACAUACUUAUAACCUUA